AAUGUUACUGACUCAAAAAAUUUCAAACUAAAUCCCGCUGCCCUACAAAACAAAAAAAUCUGCUCCAACAUGGAAAUUCGUUACUUCAACAACCCGUACCCAGACUUCCCCAGAAACGGCGAUUUUUUGUUGGAUGAAGAGCGCGUCAAGGACCUCAUCUCCACGUACGUAAAGACCAUUCUGGCAGAGUGUAAGCCGCAAGUUGAGGAUCGUGGGGAUGUGUAUGUGGGCAAUGCCGGCAUAGCCUACAUGUUCUGGAAGCUGCAGCACAGCGAUCGCACCCGUCAGCUGUUCCCCACAGCCUUGCAGCAUGCCGCAGAUUUUAUUGGCAAGGCCAAGGCCAAUGCCGAGCGCUUCAGGAAACGUUCGUCCUUGCAGUGCUAUUCCUUUUUGUGUGGCAAUGCCGGGAUCUAUGCGGUGUCUGCCGCCAUCUCUGCGGCACUCAACGACACCGAGGAGCUGUCCAAGGAUGUGGCAAACUUCAAGGCUGCGAAGCCCAAGGGCAAAAGCGACGGCGGCUACGAUGAGAUGUUGGUGGGUCGAGCGGGCUAUCUGUCCGGCUGCUACUGGCUGAAUGACACGCUGCCCGGGCAGACUAUCCCCGAUGAGGAUCUGAUUUCCAUUUGCCAAAUGGUCGUGGCCAAUGGCCGCGAGUACAGCACCAAGAAGCACUCGGCCCUGCCGCUGAUGUACGAAUUUCAUGGCACGGAAUAUUUGGGCGCCGCUCAUGGAGUCUGCGGCAUCAUGCACAUGCUCCUAGAGAGUCCCUGGUUUAGGCAGCAUCCCGGCAUGGAGUCUACCGGAAUGCCAUUCGGACUCUCCACUCCCUCGGACGUGUUGCACGAUGUCAAGCGCACCGUUGACUGUUUGCUGAGGUUGCAGGAUGCCGAAGGCAACUUCCCUGUGGCCCUGGAGGAUGGCAGCGAGCGGAGACUGGUGCACUGGUGUCAUGGCGCACCUGGGAUCGUCUAUGUGCUGGCCAAGACUCAUCUGAUCUUCCAGGAGGAACGCUAUCUGUUGGCCCUGCGCCGCUCUGCCGAUUUUGUGUGGCGUCGCGGUGUCCUGCGCAAGGGUCCUGGUCUCUGUCACGGUGUCGCCGGCAAUGGUUAUGUUUUCUUGUUGCUCUUCCGUUUGACCCAUGAAAUGAUGUACCUGUACAGAGCCCACAAAUUCGUGGAGCUGCUGAGCAGCGAGGAGUUCAAGCAGAAGGCACGCACCCCGGAUCGCCCACACAGUCUGUUUGAGGGCGUGGCUGGGACUGUUUGCUAUUUGGUGGAUUUGCUGCAGCCAGAGGAGGCACAUUUUCCAUUUAUGGAUGUUUUCCAUUAGGAAAAACUCUACCCAACACUCCAAAAACACAGCAC